AAAACAUGUAGUUCUAUAGAAAUCACUGAAGAGGGCGUUUUCCAGUGGAGUGAAGGUCGCUGACAAUGAGCUCAUAUACUAGUCGUAACAUGACCCUGAAGAUAUCAGCAGGAGCAGUAGUAUGCGACGAAAGUAUUUUAAAAGGGGACAUUACCAUAGGUCCAAAAACUUUGAUACAUCCAAGAGCCAGUAUUAUUGCAGAGGCUGGUCCAAUUAUAAUAGGUGAAGGGAAUAUCAUUGAGGAAAUGGCAACAAUAAUAAACAGACUACCACCAGAUGCACCUAAGCCAACAACAGUCCCGGUACAGAUAGUGGGCAGUUACAAUGUAUUUGAGGCAGACUCUACUUGUGAAUCUUUCAAAGUUGGAGACAACAACAUUUUAGAAAGCAAAGCAUUUGUUGGUCGUGAUGUUGAAUUGACUAAUGGCUGUGUCAUAGGAGCAUCAUGUUCAGUGACAGAACCAGAAGCAAUACCUGAGAAUACUAUAAUAUAUGGUAGCGAGUGUCAACGUAGAGAAAUGUAUGAUAAACCAUACCCUCAGAUAGGCCAGUUAGAUUUCUUAUUAAAGUUUCUGCCAAACUAUCAUCAUCUCCGAAAGCCUAAUAUGAAACCUAUGAAGAAAGGAGGUGGAAUAUGAUUCUCUACUAACUUAUUAAACAGUUCAUUGGUGUACUUGCAAUAUGAUAUAGUAUUACAAAAAAUAAUUUGAAUAUUUUGUUCAGGCAAUGUUGAAUUAAAUAUGCAUUAAUUUUAUAAGUUCAAAACUAAUUAGCAGAGUAUUAAAUUUAUAUUUAUUUGUCAUAUUUUUAUUUAUUAUUAUUUAAUAAAUUCUAACACUGUA